AUGGGCUCCUACAUCCUUUGCGACCGCCCAGCCUCCGCCGUGGAGGCUUUCAGCUACUUCUCCAGCAGCCAGCACCCCCCGUCCCUCCGUCCCUCCGUCCACUGCUACGGCACGCUGAUCAAGGCCUACGGGCAGCUCGGGCAGCUGGAGGCGGCGUUCGAGACGCUCAACGGUAUGGUGAAGGGUGGGCCCGCCCCCUCGAUCCGCGUCAUCAACGCCCUUCUGCAGGCGUGCGUGCGAGCUGGGAACCUGACGGCAGCUCAGACGCUCUUCUCGUCGCUGCGGGGGGCCGGGCUGUGCAUCUCGCUGCAGCCGACGGGAGUCUCUUUCAAUAUCAUGGUGAACGCGUACGCGAGGAGGAGGAAGGUGGAAAAGGCCUUCAAGAUGCUGCUGGAGAUGCGCCGAGCUGGCUGCAAGCCCGACCAGAUCACGUACACGACCCUUGUCAAGGCGUGUGUGGCUGCUGGGCAGUUUGACAGGGCGGAGAGGCUGCUGGGGGAGAUGGAAGAGCUGGGGAUCCCGCCCAACGCCUACUCGUACAACUGCAUCCUGUACGGGCUGGCGCAGAAGUUGCAGUGGGGGAAGGCGACGAGGCUCCUGCAGAGGAUGGAGGAGGACGGGGUGGAGGCGAACCUCUUGUCCUACUCCUACUGCAUUCUGGCGUGCGUGAGGGCGAGGCGAAUGAAGGAGGCGAGCGCGCUGUUCGAGGAGAUGCGCAGGAAGGGGAUCGUUCCGAACCUGUUCGUGAUGAACACGAUGAUGUCAGGGUACGCGGCCAAGGGGAUGGUGGACGAGGCGCAGGGGAUCAUGAAGCUGCUGCAGGACAUGAGGAUCAAGGCUAACGCCAUGACCUUCUCCUCGCUGAUCGAGGCCUUCAUCAACGCCGGGUACGCGGACAAGGCGGUGGAAGUGAAGAGGAAGAUGGAAGAGCUCGGGGUGGAGGUCGACAUGGUGGUCAGCACGCAGAUGCUCAAGGCGUACACGAGCAUGGGGAAGGUGGAGGAGGCGAUCGAGAAGCUGGAGGAGAUCGUGAAAGAGGCGUCUUCCCCUGUGUCCUCCAGGACCUUCGACUCGGUCCUUUUCCAGUGCUCCAAGAGGGGCAGCAAGGAGGAGGCGCUGAGGGUACUGGGCCUAAUGCUCAGGAGCAGGGUAACACCGAGCAGGACGACCUGCCAGCUGCUUUCGCGCAUGGAGAAGCUACAGGGGUCGAUCCUCACCCAGUACCUCCUCGACGUCAUCAGCCUCCUCCGAUCCCACAGCGUCCGCCCCCCCGGCCCACUCUACCUGGCCGUCCUCCGAGCCUCCCUUGAUGCCGGGGAGACGGAGCUUGCGACGAUGGUAGUGGAGGAGAGGAUCCUGGGGAAGUUUUCCGUGUCGAAGCAGGAUGAGGAGGAAGCGGAGAAGCUCGAGAUGAGGAUGAUGAACCUGCUGCAGGCUUCCAAGGGAAACUGGUACGAUCGCCCGGGCGUCGGGAAGAGGAUGGGGCGGCUGGGAAGCUACUUCAGCGGCAAGAUGGAGGGGCAGUGGGGAGGAAGAACGAGUUCUUUGUCCUCAUCCCCCGCGAGGAGCAGGGGGUAUGAGGAGGAGUGGGAGUACUUCAACGAUCAAGCUUACUCGCGGGGAGGGACGGGGGUAGGAGCAGAGAGUUCAGGGACUUACGAUGAUUGGAUGUGAAGGAAGUUGAACUG